GUCUACAUUUCAGCGGUUUGUUUAGCAGGGUCAAACAUAACAGUUUUAGAAUAGCUAAUCAAUAUGCAAAACAGUGUGUGUUUGGCCUAUCAUUGCCACUUAAAUCACCAAUGAAUACACAAGCAGUACAAUACAUACGAAAGAACCAGACGACGUUUUAAGCGCGAUCUGAUACGUAAAACUCCCCGCAGACCCAGUGUAAAUGUCGCCUCGAGGCACUGUUUAGAUUGCACUUUGGUAAGUCAUGAAUGUGUUAAUUUUCGGCAACGGUUUGCUCCAGUUCGGUUCUUUGCAUUGUCGCUACCAGAAGCAAGAAAGUAGUGGUGAUGUGUACAGCAUUAUCCAUUUCAAACUUUUAAGUACUGAUUGUAGCAAUGAACGUGUUUUCAGCUGUCUAAAAAGAUUCAAACUUGCACGUAAUAAACGCAGAAGAUGUAAAAAAAUGCUACUGAAUGUCGCCCAGGUUGUUGUCGAUCAAUUCGGCAGUACGUUUAUACGUUUCAUGACAUGCCCUUCGAUUAUCGUUCAGCAGAAACAAUGCCCCUCCAUAGCGGUUGAGAUAAGCCAACGGGUUGACCACGAGUGUAGUAAUGCCUUCGGCCCCAAUCUUGCUAUCUCAUCGCUGUACACAUCGAAUGUACUGAUGAUGACGUUGAUGCUGUUCAUUCGAUCAGUGGUAUAG